AUGACCCACGAGAUAACACGAUUCAUCAAGGACUGCGAGGUAUGCACACUAUUAUCCAGGCGGAACCCUCCAUUACCAUUGAAACCUAGAGAAUUGCCUGACGGUCCGUGGGAAAUCUUGCAAAUCGAUUUCCUUACGGUUCCCCAGUUCGGAACUGGGGAAUUUUUGGUUGUAAUCGAUACUUUUUCACGAUAUCUAGCGGUCGUGGAAAUGAAAGCGAUUGACGCUGUAAGUACCAAUUCUGCCCUUUGUGAGGUGUUUCAGACAUGGGGGUUGCCGAUAGUAAUCCAAAGCGAUAACGGACCUCCCUUUCAAAGUUCGGCAUUCAACACUUUCUGGAAUGAAAAGGGAGUAUCAAUACGUAAAGCAAUACCUCUCAGCCCCCAGUCAAACGGUGCGGUUGAGAGACAAAAUCAUGGCAUUAUCAAGACGUUAUCUUGUUCAAAACUCGAGGGAAAGAAUUGGCGAAAGGAACUCCAAGAUUAUGUCCAUCGACAUAACACACUUGUACCACAUUCGAGACUCGGAGUGACUCCGUUCGAGUUGAUGACAGGUUGGAAGUAUCGGGGGAUAUUUCCAGGUCUAUGGAACAGUUCUGAUGGCAACUACAUGGAUGUAGAGGACGUUCGCGAACGAGACGCGGAGUACAAACUAUCCAGCAAAAAGUAUGCCGAUUCUGUGCGUGGUGCUAAGGAGUCCAAUAUAACUGUCGGAGACGUAGUCUUGCUGGCACAGCAAAAAAAAAGCAAAACCGAUCCUACUUUUUCCUCGGAGCGAUACAGAGUGAUUGCCAGGAACGGAGCCAAAGUUGUUGUUAUGAGUACAACAGGUGUCCAGUACGCGAGAAACGUGCAAGAAAUUAAAAUUGCUCCACCAACACAAACGGACAGCCGUGACGAAGACCAGAUUCACGAUUCGGCAAUAUCGACGAAUGCGCAAAACAAUGCUUCGCUUACGCAACAAAAUCUAAAGUUGCAUCAACAAGAAGCAUCAUGCUCAUCGGAGCACCUUUCUUCAUCCACCGAAGCUCCGUAUCUCUCUACAUAUUCAUCCAAUACCAUAUCUACCGGGGAAUCUCGAUCGCUUCGUAAUAGGGGUGCGAUUAAACGACCUAUGCGAUUUGAAGAUUUCGUAUACCAUGUUUUCCACUAA